AUGAUGAUUGAGAUGAAUAAAGCCGUGGUGCCGGGGGGGCAAGUGUGUUUGAGGGUUGUUCCGAAUCCGAACAAAGCAGCAGCAGGAGGCCGCCGCCUCCAAAACCUUGUCAAUGUCCUCGGCAAAGGCAAAUUAGGAGGUAAUAUUUUCGUUUCUUCACCACCACCACAAUUAGUAGCAGCAGCUGCAUCCACACCAAUUCCAAUCCCAAUCCCGAGAAGAAGAAGAUUAAUGGCUACUUCCAACUCCUCCAACGCUGACAUCUGCCGUUUUAUUCCUUCCUCCCCCUACGGUGACCCCUGCCUUGAUCUCUUUUUCAACUCCCUCAGACCAGACGACUGCGGAUAUACCCCAGUCUGCCUCAAAUAUCGGAAGCAACUGCUUCCCUUGGCCUGGUCCCACAAUCCCCUUACCACCCUCAAGCUCAUCUUCAGCGCUCAGACUAGCAGUUUAGAGGGCAUGACGUUCGACACGGCCGUGCUUUGGCUCCACCACAACCACCCAAAUACUCUGUUACGCAAUCUUCACUCCCUUGUCAACUCUGUCUCCUAUGGUGAGGGCUUGUAUACACUUGUCCAAAUUCUGUCCAACCUUCUAGUUCAGAAACGAGGCGGCCAAGACAACGACGCUGCUGCUCAUCCAGAGAGGUAUGACCUUGAUCCGGAUUAUAGGUUGUUACACGACCGUGUUAUUGAUAUUUUUGUGGAGCUACUGAAGUCUGAUAUUGACAAAAUAAAGCACCACAAGCUGAAACUGAAGUUUUUAAAUGAUGAUGAUGACCUGGACGACUUCGACCAACUUGAUGUUGAUGGUUUCGUAUCCGCUGCUGCAGAGUGUUGCACUGACAAAUAUCUUAUAAAGGGCCACCGCGCCUGCGCCCGCAUCAUUUUGCUGUGUGAAAGCAUUGGGAGGAGGCUUUUCCCCCUAGAAUCAGAUCAAUCAGAUGAGUGGGAACGGCUAAGGAAGAAGGUUUUGGUGCCCUUGAGCAAGUACUACCGUCGUCAAGUUCACACCGAUUGCUACCAUCGUGAAGUCCGAGAGCGCUGUGUGGUUGAGAAGUAUUUGGAGGAGGUGAAGGCGGCAGCAGGAGGAGGAGGAGGCAAUCUAAGAGGUGGAAUAAUAAAGCUGGAUGCUUCGCUUCCAAAUGAGAUCAUAAAAUAUGUAAGAAGGGAGGAUGUCCGGGAAGCCGCUGAGGUUCAGUGGAAGGCAAUGGUAGAGGACAUAAAGCAGGGGGAGGGUUUGGGAAAAUUCAAAAACUGCUUGGUGGUGGGCUCUUAUUCACUGGACGCUAAAUUGGAUGAGCGUUAUCCAGAGGAGGCCUAUGCAGAGGCAGGGUUGGAAAUUCUGGUGUCUGAAAUGAAUGAAGAGCCAUGGAAAGGAAAGAUAAUAACAUACAGUGAUGAAAAAUAUCAGCUAGACUUGAUACAAGGACAUAAUCUUACGUCCAAGUUCGAAUUUAUGAGAUCCGUGGAGACCUGCUGGACCUCCUUGGUGGAAUGUAAUAAGGAAUUUUUGGAGGUGUUUGAUUUGAUUCUGGAAGUGGCUGUGAAUGAGAAGUUGAGGGCAGAGCAGAUGAUCAAGAAGGUAAUUGUGUUCACCGAACAUCUAGAACCUAUUGACAGCCCCAUCUGGGAUGUUCAGUACAACGCACUACAGAGCACGUUUGAGGCCAUUCGGAGAAAGUUUAGGGAUAAAGGGUACGGGGAUGACUCGGUGCCUCACAUUUUGUAUUUCAACGAGACCGAGCAACCCUGGAUUUGUACACAAGAUCCAGGCUUCACGCUGUUGAGUGGCUUCUCCAACAAUAUGUUCAAGUCCUUUUUGAAAAAUGGUGGGGAAAUUGGCCCGCACCAUCUCAUGGAAGCAGCCAUCGCUCACGAAGAGUAUCAAACUCUGGAGGUAGUUGACUGA